AUGAAUGCACUGAUUUUGGUUCCAUAUUCGGAGGACUCGUCUUCGGCGGAGAAGACCCAAGGCCAGAAUGACGAAUCGUUUGGAACUGCAUGUGAUGUCAAUCUGGGUGAAUCCGAAGAAACAGAGUCAGAUGAACCGACGGUUGGGAGUUCGAUUGAUCAAGUUCUCAAAUCUCAAAAAGGGAAAGAACCAGAACUUUCGGGUGACGAAAUUGAUCCUACUGGAAUCUCGGUUCAAGAGCAAUUUGAGCGAUUGGCUAGGAAAAAACGAGUGCACAAAAAUCUUGGUCCACCAAAGAAAUCAAGAAAAACAGGGGGAUCGAGUUCUACUCACACGAAAUCGACAUCAAAGUUUGAUCCAAAGGUUUUUACUUCGAUUUAUGCUCAGACAAGGUAUAAAUCUUUUGCUUCUAGACAAAUUACCAAGGAACGUUUAGUAGAUCUUGCUGCUAAAGAUGAAUGGGGAUAUCUUGAUUUGGUUAAGAGAAUGGGAAUUCCAGCUAGUGUUGAAGGAUUGGUUUCUUAUGUGAAGGAGGUUAUUGCUGAGUUUUAUGCUAAUUUACCUGAAAAGGCUUCGGCUGAUGGUAUAAAAGUAUUGGUUCGUGGUCAUACUUAUGAGUUUUCUCCAGCUGCCAUUAACCAGGUUUUUGAUCAGCCACCUUUGUCUAAAGCAGAAAAACAAGCUGUUGCAGAUGUUGAUUUACUUGUCUUGAAAAGAUUGCUCAUCUCGAGUUAUAACUGGAUACCGUCUUCUCAUAGGAAUCAUGUGUCUGAGCAGCGGGCUAGACUUGUCUACAAAAUCUUCAAAGGGAUUCGCUUUGAUUUUGGGAAAAUGAAGAAACUUGAGAUAAUUGAGUCAGAAGUUUUUGACAAACUUGUAGCAUAUCGGAAAGAUGCUCGCACUGGAAAGGCAUAUGCUACUAAGUUUCCUGAGUGUCCCAGUUUUUAUGUUCCACCGGUGUCAUCUGAACCACCUUCUACUGCGGCUCCUGGUCAGAACUUUAUUGAUGUUGAGCUUGGAAGUAUUCGUAUGUCGUUGGUUGAUCAGAAUGAUCCAGAGGUUGUUUAUGGAGCUUUGAUUGAUACAGCUCGUGUUCUACAGACUUUAUUCGGAAUGAUACAUCGAUUGACUCAGAAUCAUCCCAUGUCAAAGAUGCUCUGA